UUGUUUCAGGCUUCUUUUGCUUUUUACAUACAGUUUUAUUAUUUUAAGAUUUAAUUUUUAAAACGUUUAUAUGGUUCCAAAUUCAAAACUGUAAAAACAAGGUACAAUCAGAACUAUUUUCCAUCUCUGUCCCUGUCCCUCUCUCUAUUCCUUCCAUUCUCAUCUAGGUAACUGUUUUCAUUAGUUUUUAGCUCAUCCUCCCAUUGCUUCUUUUUGAACAUAUAAACAUAUAUAUGGGGGAAAUGGUAUUUUAAAGUACACAAUUUGGAGACUAUGGAAAUUCACCAUUAUUGAUUGGUGGGGGAGAGGAGUAUUUGUGUGUAUAUCCACCUUUCCUUUUUGCCUCAAAAACUACUACACUAUAUACACUUUGGUGCACUAGCAUGCUUUUUUUAAUUGUAAAUUCUACAAUUACCCUGUAGUAUAAAGAAAUCUUUUUUAUUACUAUAUUCUUUACUAAUGAAUAAAACGGUCAUUAUACAGAUGUUCCAUUUAUUCAGCCAGGCCUACAUGGAAGGGCUUUUGGGUUGUUUCCAGUGAUUUGUUGUCACAAAGAGUGCUGUGAAGAGUAAUUGUGUGAUGAGUUAUUUCUUAUUUUGGAAACAUUCUAAGGAUAUAGCAAUUUCCCUCCUCUUACCCUCAAAUCAUAACAACUCAGGCAGCAAAAAAGAGAGAGUAAGAAAAUUCAGUAAGGUGAGAGAAAUUUCAUUUCUAAUACUUCCUGUAAGUAUUUUACUCCAGUGAAAAUUAAUUUUGAAUUGUUAUACUGUACAUUAUAAAUAAUAUCACAUAUUGCUGCACACCUUUAGGUUUUCUAUGCUGAAACUAUUUUAAAGUGAAAAUGGCAAGUAUAAGUAAAAAGAAGAGUGAAGUGGAAGGUUUAAAUAUGAGCUCUUUUCUGGCUGGUAUGGUUCUGAAAUUCAAUGAUUUCAUGAGUUAAGCCCUUGGGAUUUCCUAAAAUAAAGCAGAAUUCAAUCAUGUUAGAGUAAAUGGAACAAAAAUCUUCACCCCAAGCUUGUUUCCAUUCCUAUUUAUUCCAAAUUCUGUAAUAUUUAGCAAGUUUUAAUACCUAAAGAAAGCAAAGUAACAUCUAUUUAAAGACAAACCACCUUUUUCGUAAUAUCUUUUAUGCAUAAUACAAGAUCAAAAUUACAGAGCCUGUGCCAAAUGCUCUAUGUAGGCAGUUUAACAAGGACUUCCUGCUACCGGCUAGCUCCAAUGAAAAUGAUCUUCCUUUAAUCUAAAGAAUAGGCAGCUAACAGGCAAAACCGGAUCCUCCAGGUGUGAAGCAAGCAAUUUGUUCUUCUCAUUUGAUACUAACAGCAAAAGGACAACUCUACGUCUAACUUAUUUGACUUCAUUAUUUGGCUUUCAAUUACAUUAACUACAUGAAAACCUUACAGAAAUUAGCCUGUGAACUAUAAGACACAGGCUUAAAUAAUUUGAUUGAAACGUUACAGAUAAUUCAGCUGUUCUCUCAAGGGCAGGACUCCAACACUGCAGGUGGAAAAGCAACAAAAAGAACAAGACAAAGAAAACUAGGAGGAUUUUUCCUGGGAGACACACAUUAGCUAUGUGAAGCCAACCGUCACUGAGAGAAAAUGCCAAACUUUUCUUUGUUCAACACAAUCAUUUUUGCUUCUUAAAAGGAAACGGAAGAUGAAAGACCGACUUCAAGAACUAAAGCAACGAACAAAAGAAAUUGAACUCUCCAGAGACAGGCAUGUGUUGACUACAGAAGCAGAAGAACAAGGGGUGUUUUUGCAGCAAGCUGUUAUUUAUGAAAGAGAGCCGGUAGCUGAGAGACACUUACAUGAGAUCCAAAAACUACAGGAGAGUAUUAACAAUUUGACAGAUGAUGUUCAAAAAUUUGGGCAGCAACAGAGAAGUCUGGUGGCUUCAAUGAGAAGAUUUAGUCUACUUAAGAGAGAGUCUAGCAUUACAAAGGAGAUAAAAAUACAAGCAGAACACAUUAACAGAGGUUUGGAUGAUUUAGUAAAAGAAGUUAAGAAGUCAGAGGCUGAAAAUGGUCCAUCAGCAGUGGUGACAAGGAUACUUAAAUCUCAGCAUGCUGCGAUGUUCCGCCAAUUUCAGCAAACAAUGUUUACAUACAAUGACACAUUAGCAGCAAAGCAAGAGAAGUGCAAGACAUUUAUUUUCCGUCAGCUUGAAGUUGCUGGAAAAGAAGUGCCUGAAGAAGAAGUAAAUGAUAUGCUUUAUCAAGGCAAAUGGGAAGUUUUUAAUGAAAGCUUACUUACAGAAAUCACUAUCACUAAAGCACAACUCUCAGAGAUAGAACAAAGACACAAGGAACUUGUUAAUUUGGAGAACGAAAUAAAAGAUUUAAGGGACCUUUUCAUUCAGAUAUCUCUUUUAGUAGAGGAACAAGGAGAAAGCAUCAACAAUAUUGAAAUGAUAGUGAAUGGUACAAAAGAAUAUGUUAACACUACUAAAGAGAAAUUUGGACUCGCUGUAAAAUACAAAAAAAGAAAUCCUUGUAAGGUAUUGUGUUGUUGGUGUUGCCCGUGCUGUGGCUCAAAAUAAAGAAGCUAUUUUAGACAUUU